AGACCAAAGAGACCAGGGACCAGAGACCAGACACCAGGAACCCAGGUACCAGAGCCCGGGGACAAGGGACCAGAGAUCAGAGCCCGGGACCAGGGACCUAGAUACCCUGGACCAGAGACCAGGGACCAGGGACCAGGGACCAGAGACCAAAGACCAGACACCAAGAGAUCAGGGACAAGAGACAAGGGACCAGAGACCGAAGAUCAGACACCAGAGAUCAGGGACCAGAGACAAGGACCAGAGACCAGACACCAGAAAGACGCAGGAACCCAGGUACAGAGCCCGGGGACCAAGGACCAGAUACCCUGGACCAGAGACCAAAGACCAGACACCAGAGACAAGGGACCAGGGACUAAGUACCAGCGACCCAGGGGACCCAGAGACCAGAGGACCCAGGGGACCCAGAGGACACAGAGACCCAGAGACCCAGAGGACCCAGGGGACCAGAGGCCCAGAGACCCAGAGACCAGAGGACCCAGGGGACCCAGGGGACCCAGAGGACCCAGAGACCCAGAGGACCAGAGGACCCAGAGGACCCAGAGACCCAGAGGACCCAGGGGACCAGGGACCCAGGGGACCCAGGGGACCCAGGAACAGAGACCCAGAGGACCAGAGACCCAGGGACCCAGAGACCCAGAGACCCAGGGGACACAGAGACCCAGGGGACCCAGAGGACCCAGGGGACAGGGGACCCAGAGACCCAGGGGACCCAGAGACCCAGGGGACACAGAGACCCAGGGGACCCAGGGGACCCAGAGACCCAGGGGACACAGAGCCCAGGGGACCCAGGGGACCACAGAGACUCAGAGACCCAGGGGACCCGAGACCCAGGGGACACAGAGACCCAGGGGACCAGGGGACCAGAGACCCAGAGGACCAGGGACCCAGAGACCCAGGGACACAGAGACCAGGGGCCAGGGACCCAGAGACCAGGGACCCAGAGGACCCAGGACCAGAGACCCAGAGGACCCAGGGGACCCAGAGACCAGGGGACACAGAGACCAGGGGACCCAGGGGACCAGAGACUCAGAGACCAGGGGACCCAGAGGACCCAGGGGACCCAGAGACCCAGAGGACCCAGGGACCAGAACCAGGGGACACAGGACCCGGGACCCAGAGACCCAGGGGACCCAGAGACCCAGGGACCCUCCCUCUGCUGUUUUACACUAACUGA